CAAAACGCGGGCGACCAUUCCCCAGAGACAGGGAAGCACGGACCCCUACUAGUUGCGCCCGCAAUGUUACCUUAGCCAUUUCUGCGGUACACUUGUUCCGCAGAGCACUAGAUCUCAAAUCUCCAGCUCUGUUUAUUAACCCUCAACUCACCCGCAUCCCAGAUUCCGAUUCUUCGUCCAAGGCCGCGUGCGAGUUCUACCCUGCACAGCUUCAAGCAACGCGCUUCGUCAACUCACUCAGCGUACAACCCCCACGCAACUGCCCAUCAUGAGCCACAACAACGACCUGGCCGACGAGGCCGCCAACCCCAAGGGCAUCCAAGCUACCACCGAUGUCAACAUGACUGAGUGCCCUGUCACAUGGAAGGCCUACCUCCUCUGUGCCUUCGCCUCCUUUGGUGUAUCUUCUUCGGGGCUGACCGCGUACUCAGGUUAUGAUUCCGGAUACAUCAACGGUGUGCUCAACUCGCCUCUGUUCAUCCAGGAGGUCGAGGGCCCCAUUUGCCCCCAGGGUCUCGACACUCCUGAUGGCCUCUGCAAGAUCAGCUCUGGCAACACCUCGCUCAUCGUCUCUAUUCUCUCCGCUGGAGUUGUUCUGCAAAUGGCUGCCACUGGCCGUGACCUCCUUGUUGCUGGUCGUGCCAUUGCCGGUAUUGGUGUCGGUUUCGAGUCUGCCAUCGUCAUUCUCUACAUGUCCGAGAUUUGCCCCAAGAAGGUCCGAGGUGCGCUCGUCUCCGGUUACCAGUUCUGCAUUACCAUUGGUCUCCUGCUUGCCGCCUGUGUCAACUACGGCGUCCAGGAUUCGUGUGUCCACCCUACCGACCCCCAGGCUGCUGAGCUCAGGUCCAUGGUCGAAUUCGAGCUUGCUGAGAUCAUUGCCAACGAGGAGUACGAGCGCGAGCUUAUCCCCGCCGGUGGCUGGAUCUCUGGCUGGGCCAACUGCUUCAAGGGUUCUCUCUUCCAGUCCAACUCCAACCUUCGCAAGACUAUCCUUGGUACCCUCGCCUCCAGGAUGAUGCAACAGUGGACUGGUGUCAACUUCAUCUUCUACUAUUCCACUCCCUUCUUGGAGUCGACUGGCGCCAUCAGCAACACCUUCUUGAUCUCCCUCGUCUUCACCCUGGUCAACGUCUGCUCCACCCCUCUUUCCUUCUACGGAAUGGAGAAGUUCGGUCGCCGCACACUUCUCCUCUUGGUGCUCUCGGGAUUCAACAACUCCACCACCCUCGCCGACGGCACCACCCGCGCCAACAACAUCUCCGCCGUCAACGCCCAGAUCGCGUUCAUCGCCAUCUUCAUCUUCUUCUUCGCCACCACCUGGGGUCCUGGUGCCUGGGUCCUCAUCGGUGAGGUCUUCCCUCUGCCCAUCCGCUCGCGUGGUGUUGCCCUCUCCACCGCCUCCAACUGGCUCUGGAACACCAUCAUCGCCGUCAUCACCCCCUACAUGGUCGGUACCGACAAGGGUAACCUCAAGUCGUCCACCAAGGGUCUGUCUCUCGAGCAGGUCGACCAGAUGAUGGCCGAGACCACUCCCAGGACCUCUGCCAAGUGGCGCCCUACCCACACUUUCGUCGAGAGCUCCCUCCAGAAGGAUGGAGAAACGGUGUAG